AGCAGAACAAAAUAGCUGCUGAGCGCCUUGCUUAGAAAUGCUGGUGGUCAUGAAUGAAUCGGACCAUGACAAUGGAAUCCAACACGAUCGAGCCAUUCUAUACUGUGAGCACUUCAUGAGAAUUGAUUUCCCUAAUUCAUUCUUAGAUCCAUAAUCAUGAGUCCGCCAACAUUGACCUUCGUAACUACGGUCGGGACCACGGGGUUGUCCGAAGCCGCAGCAAAGGAGAUGAGGUCACAUGUUACUAGGUCGAACUUCGCGAAAAGACGCGAGCGACUAGCCCAGGAUAAGAGAAAGCAAAGAAAGGGAUUGUCUCGUCAAUCGUCCUCGGGAAAACUCGACCGCAGUACCGAAAGUGCGUUAGAGUCUUUACAAACCCCUUCCCAACGAGUGCAUGGAGAUAGCUACACUCGAAUUAUAUCAUCAAAAUGGUCUCUGCUUUUCCUAGAUGGAACUGAAUAUCCCAUGAGCACCAGCGAAGAGGCCUGGAUAAGUUUGCUUGUCUCAGAGCCAGUCCUGGUCGAAUCGUCUAUGGCGUUCGGUUUACGGCACUGGUCACGGAGCACCGACUAUCAACAAUUGGCCUGCGAUUUCUCAUCCAAGGCCACAGAGAAUAUUAUCAACCGCAUUGGCACAGGUCGAGGCUUCACAGAUGCUGUUCUUGCUGCCGUACUUACAAUGGCGUUUGGGGAGCGCAUAGUACAUAACGAUGUUGCCUGGAACAUCCAUAUCGAUGGAGCCGUUCAACUAGUGACAGAGAGAGUAUCACGGGGCUUACCUGCCCUGUCACCUUUGCUUGAAGAACUACUUAUCAAGGAUAUUAUUAAUGAUGUAUUCGAAUUUCCCCGGUUCUAUCACAAGAAGUUCGUUGAUGUAGCAUGUGCAUCUCAAGAUACCCAAUACUCAUCGUUGAUACGAAUAUCAAGGCUUUGCGAAACAUUGACGCAUUGGAUGGAAGCCAUAGCUGUAUCUCGUUCGACACCACAAGGUUCAGACUUCAUCAUGAGGUGCAUUGCACAUCCCAUGCAUCGCAUACUUUCCGAGGCGCGAGCAAUGCGCACGGGUGGGAGUCUGGUAUUGCAGGCCUCCUGCAUUUGCAUUGAGCUCAUUGUCUAUUUAUCGUGGGAUUGCCUGUCGACUGCCAUCAAUUUGACGGCUGUUGCGAGUGAACUGAAAGACGUUAUAUGCGCAAGUCAGUUUAGGCCCUGUUGCUAUUCUGAUCUGACAUGUUGUCAGCUCAUGCUCGGUGCCGUGGCCGCCAAUGAGGACUCACAUACUAAGGAAUGGUUUAUGAACAGAUUGGGUGGUGCAUGGCGAGUAGUCAAGUCUCGUGGCUGCAAUAACGCUAUGGAUAUCCUCGAGAAGAACAUCGUAUGCAAGGCCAGCUUAGAGGCGCGAUUCAAGUCUCUAUGGGCGGACCUAGACCGCCAAUAGAUAAUUCAGAGGGAAUGACUUAUUGCAGUAAUUUCAACACUGGAGGCCCCAAAUUCCUUCUAGUUAGAAAGGAGUUAUGUGCCUUAUCCCACAGUUCAGGUGGUUCUCAAUCUAGGACUAUGACGAUGGAGUUGAAGCACUGCCUGCUACUAUUAUUAAUGUCAAAUUUAGUUUGUUAACGCCCACGGUUUAGUUGGAAGAGCGUUGAUGUGCAUGCUUCCUAUAUGUCUACUUGGAUAUGCGUGUCCUAGUCUUCGCUACGCAGACACUAUUCUGAGUGAAGCUCCCUGCCUUAUCUGGCCACACUGUUACCUUAGUUCCAUAAUGGCCCAGGAAGUUCCUCUAGAUGUUUAUGAAUUUUUCAGAUUACAGCCC